AUGGAGCAUGUCUCCAUUGAUGGAAGACGCAGGAACAAAUAUCAAACAGCCGCAGCCGCGCGCAAGCCAGAGCCAGAGUCAUCGCCCAACCUUCGACCUGCCUCGCCUCCAAGGCUUAAUCCAUGGGCAUCAGCCAAAAAGCCUGCAGCUAUUCCUAUAUCUGAUAUAUUUCCUCCUCUGCCUAAACCUCAUGGCCUUCGGUCACCGGCCACGACACCCACGAGCGGAGUAUCUAGAACAUCCUCACGUCCACCGAACACAUCGCGAUCAGAAGAUGAUACAGAACCUGCAACGACUACUCUUGGAUCAGCUUCGCCGUCCUCGAAUGCGUCAUCCUCAUCUCGUCGUAUCUUUGAGGCUGCGGCGCCACGAGCGGUUGAGAAGCUUUGGAGAUACCCGUUCGGUGCCGAUUUGGUGAUACUAUCAGGGGACACGGUAUUUCGAGUCCAUCGUAACCUUGUGAUACCUCAGUCGGGAUGGUUCCGCGAUAAUCUGCCACCGCCAAACUUGGAUGGAACACCAGUUGAAGUACGUGUUGGUCUCGAUUACCAAUCUUUAGGCCACUGCUUGCGCUAUAUCUACCUGGGUAGAAUUGAAUUAUGCGAGUAUGACCCCAAAAGAGCCUGGAAAUCCCAGCAGAUUCCAUGUUGUGUUCUGGCAUACAACGCUGCCGUGUUUCUGCGAAUGGCCAGAUUGGCGAGCUACAUCAUUCGCAACGUGGAGAAUGCCUCAGUCGAACUGGGGAACCUGAUACAAGGAGAAUACCUCCAUCGAAGUUUAGACUGCUCCCAGUGGGUCCAGUUCUCCUGGCAUUACCAGAGGGCUUUAGAUAUCGUCUUGCGGCAGCAGCCUCGAAAACUGAUGAUGCCCAUGCGACUGGCCAUGGCCAGCAUCCUGGAUGCUGUAAUCUUCUGGGUGGUGCGGCAGUCACUUUAUACCACUGAGCUGGGAUCAUCAUGGCACGGAAUCAUACAAAGCAGUAUGAGAGAUAUUGCCGAGUACAAGCAGCUCCAAAGAAGCGCCCAACGUAACAGUGUUCUCCCAAGCGAGGCAGUCUUGAGGGGGCUGUUCGAAGAAACGGAGCCAAUGGAUGAAAAAGAAGCCAAAAUGUCGGCCAGCGUGCAAUUUAAGGGGGCAUCAGCUGUUACAGAAACAAAUAAUGGCCGUAGUUGCGGCUUACACACUAUUCGUCGCAAGAGACGUUGUUCGCUAUAG